AACGUUCAACCAGCAAUCGAGUUGAGGGCGAGCAGAUAUCCAACCUCCCCUCAAUGAUGGUCCAUCACUCAUGGAAAAGAACCGGUUAUAUAGCGUUUGAUGGAGCAUAGGAAACCUCGGGAAAGCAGCUGCAAGCCGCCGGUCUCGGAGAACCCCCGCCUGCGAUUUCGAGAAGAUCUACAUCUUCUGAUUGGCCUUCUCGGAAUAGGCAUAUUAGUCCCCUACUCGGGAAACCAAAGAGCGGGGGGAGCACCUCACGUGCUCUGUCUUCGUCGUUCGGGAGAGCACUGGGAUAGUAGAUAUCCAUUCAUAAGGCUUAGUAGAGAGUGUAGGAUAGAUAGACAAGCAGUGAAAACGGACCAGAUAUAUUCCGCUCAACACCAAAGUUCAAUCUGAUGUCAUACGUGCGAUUGGGCCUUAGGAUCUCCAAUUGUUUGUACGGAGUAGAUAAGAUCGUAACGACAGAGGACAAUCGAACGAUCGGGCAAAUCUCAAUGGCUUAAAGGGAGAGCUGUACCUACUCGUAUCAAAUGGACGUAAGGC